UUUGGUUUAUGGAGCUGUUUUGGUUUUCUCCGAUUCUUAUUUGUGUCACAGUUUAACGUGAAAAAUGAACUAUAUUUACUCUUUUUCUGCGAUUUUCAUUCUAUUUGCACUAUUUUCUGUCUGUGAUGCUCAGUAUGAAGAUGUGCGAUGUAAAUGUAUAUGUCCCAGUCCUGAAGUUGUUAAAGGAAAUAAAACCGAAAGAAAGCUUUAUAUCGCCAAUGUUAAACCAUCUCAAUGUAAAUGUGAAGGUGUUGUAAUGCCACAAGCCGAUGACUAUGUGAGAGUGAAAGAAAAAGAGUUUUGUCCUAGAUGUGAAUGUCGUUAUGAAAGAAGAAACACCAUGACUAUAAAAGUUGUUGUCAUCAUUAUUAUUUGGGUAAUUUCAUUGUUGACUGUAUAUAUGUUGUUUUUGAUGUGCUUGGAUCCCCUACUAAACAAAAGAAGAACAGCUUAUCAUGAGCAUACCAAUGAAGAAGUCACUCUGGAUGUACCUAUGCCAACUAUUCCAAGACCUAGAGCAGGAAGCAGUAAUGUUUUAAAUAGAGUUGGUCUACAGCAAGACAGGUGGAAAAGACAAGUUCAGGAGCAGAGGCGAAAUAUUUAUGAUCGUCAUACCAUGCUGAAUUAAAUAACCUUUUUGACUCUAGUUGACACACUAUGUAUAAAUAUAAUGUAUAUUCAUAUAGAUAUAUUUGUGUGUGUAUGUGUUACUGAAACUUUUAUAAUUAAUGAAGUGUAAGAUCCUUUAGGAUUUAUUAGUUUUAUUUUCCCCAUAUUCACCAUAUUGUGUGAAACAAUUUGUUAUCGAUGCUAACAUUUAUCAAACUGGAUUUUAUUUAAUAUUAUUGUACUUAUGAGUUUCUAUUAUAUUGUAAAUAUGAUCUAAAAGAAGUUUUUUGUGCAUUAUGAAUUAUUUUAUUUUAAAGGAAAAAGGAGUAUAGUUUGUCAAUUAUCAUGUACAUAAAAUAUUUGCAAUUUUUAGCAACGAUAACGUUUCUUGAAUUUUUAUCAAGACAAUUCUUACAAAGCUAUUUAAUUCUGUGCAUGAUUCAAAUAAUUUUUUAAUGAAUCAUUUAUUCAGUAGCAAGUGUUAAACUCAGUCUCACAACAUCUUUUACACAGAAAACGCAUUUUUUGAAGAAGAAAAUAAAGUAUAUUCUAAAGAAUUUCGCUAAGCUGGAAAUUUAAGCCUUUUUUACAUUUUUUGUUUCAUAAGCUGAGAGCUCUCACGAUAUCUUGAUCCUUGUCUUUUUUUGAAAAAAAAAAAAAAAAAACUUCUAUAAAAAUUUAAUACAUAUUUACCAAUAUUAAAACUAUGUUUUCAUUUUUUUAAAAAAUUAUUUAUUGGAUUUAGAAUGUUGUUGAAUUGUAGUUUGAGUACAGCAAAGAACAAAGUGAUGUAACAUUUCAUGAGUACUGACAUUUUUUUAAAUAUCUUCUAGUAAAUUCUGCAAAAUAUGCAUUUUAAAAAGGAAACGCUGUUUUUUUUUUUUUUUUUUUUAAAGAGCUCAUGCGUGAUAUUUUUUUUUCUUCUCAAUUAAUUAUUAUUAUUAUUAUUAUUUUUUUUUUUUUGCAACUUAUUAAACAGACAUUAAUAUUUUUGAAGGUCAUAUAACUAACACUUUUUUGCUUCUAACUUGAUUGCGUGCCUUCAUUUUACUUUUUGUAACUUCCAAAAGUUAUUUAAUUUUAAUUUAGAUUGUUAUGUUGAGGAGGGGGGAAUGGUUUGAGUAUGUUAUGCUUUAGAUGAAUAAACCGACUUCGGUUUAACAAAACAGUUUCAGAUAAUUGGGGGAUUACCGUAGUUGUCCAUCUUUUCUCCAUUUCACCCCACCUUUUAGUGUGAAGCCCGGGGUUGUACCACGUGGCGGAGGGGGGGGGGGAGUUAUCCAUCUGUAUGAGAAUUGUUUUUUUCAUACCUAUAAAAUCAGAGUCAGGUUAAAACAGACAUUGCAUUGCUAUACAUAAUAUGAUUUUUGCCUAUUGUAAUGUCAUUAAAAUUAUCACUUUUGCACUUACAGUAAAACCUGUCUACAACGAUACUGUUGGGACCUAAAAAAAAUAUUGUAAUUGACAGAUUAUGGUUGUAGACAGUAUCGUUAUACACAGGUUUCACUGUACUAUGUAUUGUAGGGUAGAAAUCACUUUUUAUUUUUCCAGAUCUGUUACUUUUCUUUAUAUAAAAUGUAUUUAUUCAAAAAAUAUUUAGCUAUUUUUAUGUUGGCGGUAUAUUGGGUCGGUAGUCCUUUCUGUUGGUAGUUCAUUUCAUCCUUGCUAGUCAAAAAGUACCAAGAGUUACCUUAUUUUCCCAAUGAAGAUACUUUCAAGAAUGACAUUUAAGAAAUUUUCUGUAGAAACAUAAACAAAGAAUUAUUUUUAAAUGAUAGAUAAAGUAUUAGGUUAUUUUUAAUCAGCUCCUUUCAGAAACCUGCAAAAUCUAGGUCAUUGUAUUCUGUCUCUUCGGAAUUUCUUUUCUUCCUCUCCUUCCUCAUUUUGAUCAAAUGAUCUUAUCUUGUAUAAAAUGUAUUACCAAUUAUUUUCAAGAAAAAUUAACCUUCUUUCAUUCACUUGCUUUGAUCUUGGUCUUUUGACCGAGUCAGACAUUAUAAAUGAUUUUGAAAAGAGGAUUAUAUGUAUAUUUUUAAUUUCCCAAAAUUUGAUCUACUUCUGUGGUUUCCAAACGUUUAUACCUGCGCCACCUUCUUUCAUGAAAAAUUGUUCUGCCUCUCUUCAAUUUUUGUAGUCAAAUUUCAUAAAUGCUUUUUUGGGGUACUUUAUUAAUUACAUGGGUUAGAAAACAACACCAUAUUUUAAAUAUAGUACUUUUUAUGCAUCAAUACAUAUUUUGUUAUUAUUAAAUUGCUUUGACGUUUUUGAUAGAUUUACUAGUUACUACAUUUGAUGAAAACAUGCAAAAUUACAGCAAAAUAGAUGUUUAAAACACAUUAGUGAAAUAGUAAUGCUAUGGGACUUGUGGAAUUGUUUUCGGGCCCAAAUGUUCUCAAAUCCUGUUUUCAAUAAAAACAACAUACCAUUGUUUUUAGUGUGAGCGUUCAAACCAGAACGCCAUAGCGAUGACAUUUUGCUUAUUCUUAUUUUUCAACACCAAUUUGCCGUUCUUUUUUUUUUUUUCCUUUUUCUUCUGCUCAAAAAUUUUAUGAACAGUUGCAUGCACCCUUACAAUAAUUCAUACUUUUCUUGGGUGGUGGCCCCACAGAUUGGAAACCACUGAUUUACCACAUUUUAAUAUUAAAGUUUACAGGCCGAAGUUUGCAGGCGUAUUAUUUAGCAUUGGAAAAUCGGGUACUUCUGGUUUCUUUUAGAAACAUGUUCUACCAAAGACUGAGUUAGCUUUUCUUUUUUAAUCAUUGUUAUUAACAUGAGCCUUUAUUUAUUAAGCUUUCUUGUAUAUAUCACCUUUUUUCUCUAUGAACUUUCUAGUUUGAGAAACUGAUGGGAUUUGGGCAUUUUACUGUAAAUAUCAGAUGUUUUUCUGUAGGAUGUAGUGUCUAUAUUUUGUAUCCUUUAUUGUUCGUGGAAAAAACACCUAUGUAAUUAACUUAUCUUAACCAGGAUAUUUCUAAUUUAUAUUGAGUCAUUUUUGUAAACCAGAAAAUAAAAUUGUUUGU